UCAUCCAAGAUGGCGGCGUCCACCCCGGCGUCACGGCGCGACGUAGAGCGCGUGACGCGCUGAGGGAAGCGCCGGGACCGCCGGGUCCCGAUCCCGGUCUCGGUCCCGGUUCCCCUCACCCCAUCCCGGUUUCCCCGUGCCGGCCGCGCCAUGGAUUGUUACACGGCCAACUGGAACCCGCUGGGCGAGGAGACCUUCUACCGGAAGCUGGAGCUCUACUCCAUGGAAUGGGGGCUGCGGGAGGACCUGCGUGACUGCGUGGUGGCAGCUGCUCCUUACGGGGGUCCCAUCGGUCUGGAUGAAGUGUCCAAGCUGAGGACAGGCUGUCAGAGCUCAGCCACGGCCGCUGAGCCCAGCUGUGUCCCCGGGGGGCUCUGGGCUCUCGGGGUGACCCCUCCCUGCCGUUCCCAGUGGAAGAGCGGCCGCCUGGUGCACCUGGGCUGGACAGCAGGGGAGGACCUGCUGUGCAUCCAGGAGGACGGGACUGUGCUGGUCUACAACCUGUUCUGCGAGUUCAAGAGGCACUUCAGCAUGGGAAACGAGGUGCUGCAGAACCACGUGCUGGAGGCGCAGGUUUUCCACACGGAGUUCGGCACGGGCGUGGCCAUCCUGACGGGGGCGCUGCGCUUCUCCCUCGCCACCAACAUCGACGACCUCAAGCUGCGCCGCCUGCCCGAGGUGCCUGGACUGCAGAAGCCCCCGGCGUGCUGGGCCGUGCUGUCCCAGGACAGGGUGACCGUGGUGCUGCUGGCUGUGGGACAGGAGCUCUUCCUGCUGGACAACACCUCCUGCUCUGUGGUGAGCCCCCCAGGGCUGAGCCCCUCGGCGGGGCCGUUCCUGCACAUGGCCGUGUCCUUCACCCACCGGCACCUCGCCCUCUUCUCCGACUCUGGCACCGUCUGGAUGGGCACAGCCUCGCUCAAGGAAAAAUUCUGCGAGUUCAACACCGGCAUCCGAUCCCCGCCCAGGCAGAUGGUUUGGUGCACGCGGCCCCGCAGCCGGCAGCGAGCCGUGGUGCUGGCCUGGGAGCGGCAGCUGAUGGUGGUGGGCAACUCCUCGGAGUGCAUCCGCUUUGUCCUGGAUGAGGAUUCCCACCUGGUGCCCGAGCUGGACGGGGUCCGGAUCCUGUCCCGCACCUGCCACGAGUUCCUGCACGAGAUCCCAGAGGCCAGCCAGGAGAUUUUCCGCAUCGCCUCCAUGGCUCCGGGCGCUCUGCUGCUGGAGGCACAGAAGGAAUACGAGAAGGAGAGCCAGAAAGCCGACGAGUACCUGCGGGAGAUCCGGGAGCAGCAGCUGCUCCCCGAGGCCGUGGGCCAGUGCAUCGAGGCUGCGGGCUACGAGCACGAGCCUGAGACACAGAAAUCCCUGCUGAGGGCAGCUUCCUUUGGGAAGUGUUUCCUGGACAAGUUUCCCCCCGAGGGGUUUGUGAGGAUGUGCCAGGACCUGCGGGUGCUCAACGCCAUCCGGGACUACCAGAUCGGGAUCCCGCUCACCUUCACCCAAUACAAGCAGCUCACCAUCGAGGUGCUGCUGGACAGGCUGGUGCUGCGCCGCCUGUACCCCUUGGCCAUCCGGAUCUGCGAGUUCCUGCGGCUGCCCGAGAUGCAGGGCGUCAGCCGCAUCCUGGCGCACUGGGCCUGCUACAAGGUGCAGCAGAAGGACAAGUCCGACGAGGAGGUGGCGCAGGCCAUCAACCAGAAGCUGGGGGACACGGCCGGGAUCUCCUACUCGGACAUCGCCACCCGCGCCUACGACUGCGGCCGCGCCGAGCUGGCCAUCAAGGUCCCAGUGUACACAGUGGUGCUGCACCUCAAGAACGAGCUGAACCGCGGCUCUUUCUUCAUGACGCUGCAGAACCAGCCGGUGGCACUGAGCCUGUACCGCCAGGUAGGGACCCCAAAAACACCUGAGCACCCCAAAGCUGCCCUGAGAACCCCAAAAACCGCCCUGAGAACCCCAAAAACCACCCUGAGAACACCACCAUCCCUGUGCCAUGUCCCUGUGCCGUGUCCCUGUGCCGUGUCCCUGUCCCACCCCCAGCGGAUCGAGGGCCGCGUGGCCGCCCUGCAGAACGCUCUGGAUGAAUUCUACAAAGCCAAGAACGACUUCGCUGCCAAGGUGAGAGUGCCCAGGUGCCACGGGGGACAUCGGGGACGGGGGGACAGCUGGGACAAAGGGGGACACCCGGGACAAGGUCACCCUGUCAUGGGGACAAGGCUGGCUGGGCGGAUUGCUGGCUGUCCGGGAGCAGGGCUGGGGCGGGGCUGGGGACACGAGGGCUGGGACCUGUCCCUGCACGACACCGUGGCCACCCUCAUCCUGGAUGGGCACCACAAACGCGCCGAGCAGCUCUACAGGGACUUCAGGAUCCCGGACAAGAGGUACUGGUGGCUGAAGAUCAACGCCCUGGCCACGCGUGGGGACUGGGAGGAGAUGGAGAAGUUCUCCAAGAGCAAGAAGUCGCCCAUUGGCUACCUGCCCUUCGUGGAGGUGGCAGUGAAGCACCACAACCGCUACGAGGCCAAGAAGUACGCGCCACGUGUGCCGCCCGAGCAGCGCGUCAGAGCCUUCGUCCUCGUGGGGGACCUGGAGCAGGCGGCCGAGGCGGCCAUCGAGCGCAAGAGCGAGGCCGAGAUGAGCCUGGUGCUGGCGCGGUGCUCGGCCGGCACCGACGGCGCCCUGGCCGAAAAGCUCAACCGGGCACGGGCACAGCUCCUCAAAAAGUGACCCCCCAAACCCUGGGGACACCUUUGGGGACACCCCCAGGGACGCCCCUGCGGGUCUGAGUCCUCUGGGAGCUGCUGCUCGUCCUUGCUGGGUGGUGAAGGUGGCACCCAGGGGACGUGGGGGUGCAAUAAAGAGAAGAGCUCUG